AUGUCUUGGCUGCGCCUGUGCCUCACUGUGACUUCUUUGGUUGCUGCAGAUCAUAUUGUCUUCCAUGAGGUGCCAGUACCAAGGCAAGGAACGGAAAGUAAUGAGUGUAUCUGCAGCAUUGAGCUUCCUGACACUACUUUCCCAGGACAUAUAAUUGAUUUCCUGGAAGAAAUGUACAAGAACCUGACUGUGCUUAUUACUGAAGAGUUUAACAAGCUCACAGAAAUCAGUACGAAGGUAAACAAAUAUAAUCAAACUUUGGAAAACAUUACUCAUAUUGUAACUCAGAUGGAGAUAGAUGGCAACAAAGAUGAAAAAUACUUCAUAACAGUUUCACAAACAAUUGAAAACCUGAAACACCAAGCUGUCAAUCUGUUGGAACUCCUAAAUGGAACGGAUUUGGAGACAGAACAUUUACUCAACAUGGUUAACAACGUCUCCAGUAUGGUGUGGCAGUUAGAAACCUUUGACACAAACGGUGUGUUGGUGACACAUAGAGAAAUUGCCAUACUCCGGAAACAACUGGCUGAUUGUGAAGAAGCUGCUGGCAACCCCAACUUUGGCCUCCCAUCAGCUGGCCUCCUGGCUCCUGAAUAUGGUAACUGCACAGGUAAAGUAUUGGUUAACAUUAGCAAGCCAUUUAUAGUGAAACUCAACUGGCGAGGUUUCAGCUACAGAUAUGGAGCCUGGGGGAAGGACUUUGCUGUUGGAAACCACAAUCCAGACAUGUACUGGGUUGCUCCACUCAACAUCGAUGAACGUUUAAUGGAGACCUACCGCCUCUAUAACUCAUAUUCCGACCUGCUCUUGUACAAAAACCAAAUAGAAAAAAGCCUUUCCCAAUACGUUGGCCUCACCUGGAACUACAUCAACUGCGGCCAGGGAAGUGGACCAAUCUUAUACAAUGGCAGUUUCUAUUACAACUGCUACAACUCCAGGAACCUGUGCAAGCUGGAAGUUGCAACCCACAAGCUGCGGCGUGUAACAAUAGAAGGUGCUGCUUUCAACAACUGGUACUCCUAUGGUGGCGUCAAUUGGCAAGACAUUGAUUUUGCUGGGGAUGAGAAGGGCAUGUGGGUCAUUUAUUCCACAGAAAGUAGCAAGGGGAAAGUGAUCAUUGGGAAGCUGGAUCCUGAUAACCUGAAAAUAAUCCAGAAAUGGCAGACCUCACUGUUCAAACCUGAUGCAACCAACACGUUCAUGAUCUGUGGAGUGUUGUAUGCCCUCAAGCGGAUCAGUGCACACAAAGAGAAGAUCUUUUACACAUAUGACACCAAUACCGGCAAAGAAGGUACGACAAACAUCUUUAUAGAUAAACUCGCCGAUACACCACAAAGCGUGAGCUACAACCCCAAUGACCACAAGUUAUACAUGUAUAAUGAUGGCUACCUGGUUACUUAUGAUAUGCUGUUCAGACGCCAACCUCCAAGAGCAAGGCGGAGUGUGGCCAGUGAGAACAGGCAGAAUGCCAUUAUACCAAUUAGUGGUGCCUGGCAGCAAUUUACAAUGGCUUAA